AUGGAAUUAGCGAAGUACACUCAUUUGCAAACAAUUUUGGUUUUAAAGACUGUCGAACAAUAUCCAGCAAACUGGAACCCAGCUGAAUCUCUCUUUUGGGAUGUUUCCAGGCAAUUGAAUGUGCUGCACCAGGCCGCCUCAUGUUUCAGUCGCUACGAUAUUCGAGAUAUCACGAGACAUGCAUAUAUUUGUAAUGUACUACUCAUAAGGUUGCUGAAAAUCCGUCGACAGCCCACCACCAGUUCGGGUGAGCUGUUUGGUUGUUGGUCUGUUCGCCGAGCUUGGCAGCUGGAUUGCAAACGUUUCAUCACCAAUCGAGGUGACAUCGUUAGUGCACUCAACACUGCACUGACGAUGUCAACUCGAUUGGUGAUGAAACGUUUGCAAUCCAGCUGCCAAGCUCGGCGAACAGACCAACAACCAAAGUGA